AUGCCUUUUUUUUCAUCCUGCGAUCUGGGUAAAAUUUCCGCUCGCGUUGAUCGCGUUCAUUUAAGCGGGUUGCUGCGGACCCACAACGACUAUGUGAUGAGGGCGGCGGACGGACUCUUCAAGGCGGACAACUUCCAGGACGUCAUGCUGGAGGCCAUGUCGACCAAGGCGUACCUGCACGAGCUGGGCAUCUUCAAGGAUGUAAGCGUGCACCUCGAUGUCAGUCGCGGGGCAGAUGCCUCGCCCCAGGGCUAUGAGGUCACCUUCAAGGGCAACGAGUACUCCCGCCUGAUGGGCUCCGCCGGAACGGAGGUGGGCCAGAACGAGGGCUCCCUACGCACAGAGCUGACCGUCCCGAACAUCCUGGGCCGGGGCGAGAGCAUCUCCCUGCAGGGCAGCUACAGCAACACCAGGGCCAAUGAUCUGCAACUCAAGUUCUGGAAGCCCUUCUUUCACACCCGCUUUCGCGAGAAUCGACCCGAAUUCUCGUUCAGCAUAUUCAGGCAAACGGAUCGCUUCGACAUUAGCUCAUUUCAAUCCACAAAUCUGGGCUACUUGAUUGACUUCUCGGCCCACAGCAGCCUGGGAGUGGAUCUAACUCACUCGCUGCAGUACGAGAACUCGAUCAGAAACGUGGGUUUGCUGAACAAAUCCGUGCCAUUUAGCAUUCGGGAGCAUUGUGGGCCCAAACUGGCCUCACUGGUGCGCUACUCCGUGGUCUUUGACAAUCGGGAUGCCAAUGUCUUUGCCACGCGGGGCAUUCUACUGAAGUCCACCAACGAGUACUGCGGUCUGGGUGGCAACGUCGCCUACACCAGCAGCACAGCCCACGGAGAGGUGAAUGUGCCGCUCUUCUCUGGAUUUGUGGCGCAGUUCUGUGGACGCGUGGGCAUCGUCAAGGAGACCAAACAGACCACCUUGUUGCCCAUUAGCUCGCUCUUCUAUUGCGGCGGACCCAUGACAUUGCGAGGAUUCAAAUACGGCGGAGCUGGACCCGUGGUAGAUGGCACACCGAUUGGGGCGCAGACCUACUGGUGCACGGGGGCGCAUCUGUGGGCGCCGCUGCCUUUUGCCGGCGUCUUCAAGAGCCUGGCCAGCAACUUUAGAAUUCAUUUCUUCUACAACAUUGGAAACACCAUUACUUUUAGUCUUUUCACGUCUUCGUUCGCAGAGAAUAUGCGUAGCGCCUUUGGCAUGGGUCUGGCCUUCAAGUUCGCCGAUCGGGCACGCAUCGAAAUCAACUACUGCAUCCCAGUGCGUCGCCAGUCCACCGACAAGGUACUUAAUGGCUUCCAGUUUAGCAUCGGCUACGAGUUCAUCUAGAAAAUGUGUGUUCCUUUGACAAAUCCAUUGACUGAAUGUAGUGUCUCGUAGCUUUUCACAAAAGAUUUUAGUCGGAUUCAAUAACAAAUAACUUUUCUCUUAACGAAAAUUUGAGUGAGGGGAAAAAGUCAUUUAAAAAUUCCGAUUAUUUAUAAAUAGUGAAGUAAGGAAUUCAUUUAAACGAUAUCUUUAAAGAUGUAUCUGGUUAUAUUGAAUAAAAAAUUAUGUAGGAAAA